AGCACUUCCUCCCGUCAGCUCAAAAAUCUCGCCGCCGUCAGAAGAAAGAAGAAGAAGAAGAAGAUGGGAGUAUUCACAUUCGUUUGCAAAAGCAAAGGCGGAGAAUGGACCGCUAAGCAGCACGAGGGAGACCUCGAAGCUUCCGAUUCUUCCACCUACGAUCUCCAGCGCAAGCUUGUUCAGACUGCUCUCUCCGCCGAUUCCUCCGGUGGAGUUCAGUCUUCCUUCUCCCUCGUCUCCCCUACCUCCGCCGUCUUCCAGGUGAUCAUCGGCGGUGGUUCUGGAGGAGGAUUUGCUGCCGGAGGUGGUGCAGCAGCUGGAGGAGCCAGUGGUGGAGGUGAGUCCGCCGCUGCCGCAAAGGAGGAAGAGAAGAAGAAGGAAGAAUCUGAAGAGGAGGAAGGUGACUUUGGUUUUGAUCUAUUUGGUUAAGACCAGAGACAAAACAUAAAACUCUUUCCAAGGUGGUGUUAGUUUCUGUGGUUGUUGAUCUCAGAUUCUUUGUUUUGGUUUUUCUGUUUUUCUUUUCGAAACGGUUUUGAGAUUGAGCUCUAUGAUUAUUAUGCAAUGUCAGAAUUAUAUGUUUGGUUUCUGGUUAUUAUGAAACUUAUUUAGUCUAA